CUCAAGCAACUACGGCCCAGGCUUCCUUGUCCGGGCCAGCUCCAGGACCUCCCCGUGGUGCUUCAGGGAUGAUGUCGCGGCGGUCACUUGUUUGAACGCUCUUGACAUCAACAAACACUGGAGCUUAGUUGUGCUACGGGAUGGGUGCCGAAGAGUGGCGCCCAAGGCUCACCCCGCGGGAGCGCAAAGCCCGUCGGGCUUGGGCACAGUGGUCGGCUGAACGAGCCAUCCACCGCCUGACCUGUGAGGUGGAGCACCUCCGCAAGUUGCUGCAGCAUACCAGUCAGUGGGAGGCUCCAAAUGAUUGGGCAUUGGUUGGGGGGGGCGGAAGAGCAGUGGAUUCAACCAACACGUCAUUGCGAGUGGUGCGAGGCGAAGUUGGAGCCCACCAUUGCAAACCAAGCUCGUGACCCAGCCAACGUAUGUGAGAAGAGGGAAGGCGAAGUUGGAGCCCAACGUGAUCAGCUACGAUUAUGGGAUGAGGGCAAUUUUGAGGCGAAGUCGCAGCCCGACGUCGCCAGUGACUUUCGCACGGUGUACGCGGGGCCCUCUCGGACACCUCUGUGCGAGAAGCGGACGGCGAAGUUAGAGCCCGACACUACAAGCCUAGCUCUCGACCCAGCCACCGAGAGCGAGAGGACGGAAGGCGAAGGUAGAGCCCGACGUGAUCCUCUGCAAGUCGGAGAUCAGGGCGCGCUUGAGGCGAAGGCAACCAACUGCGAGAAGGGAGCGGCGAAGUUGGAGCCCGAUGCCACUAGUUUAGUUCUUAAUCCACCCAAUGCGUGCAAGAUGACGGAGGGCGAAGCUGGAGCCCGACGCGAUCAGCUACAAUCCGGGGAUCAGGGCAUGUGCGUAGCGAAGUCGCGACGGAGCAUCCGCGGGUACCGCUUCACACCGAAGGAGGUGACUCCCGCGGCCGAUCGGGUGGCGAAGGAGGCGAGCUACGCUGCUGCUGUGGCUGCCGCUGCUGACGCCAUGGUUUCGAUUGCACCAGCGCCCGCUUCCGCGUCCAUUUUCGGUGCUGCAGCUCCGGGUGCGCAAGGUACCGAUUCAUUUCAGAAUUCAGAGUGCACGCCUCAAUGAUUGUUCUCUGCGUGAACGGCACAGUCGGCCUCAGUAUCCUUCUGCUGUUAUGCGGCCAGGCCUUCGGCAGCGUUCUUCUACGUCGUCUGAGGUGCCAGAGGUUCUAACUUGAACUCGCUUCGCGACUGGUCUUAU